GAUAUACUCUUAGCUGGAGAAGCCUAAACAUCUAGAGAAAUUUAAGUGUCGCCUCGCUCUCAUCGAGAUAUCACAUACAGACAGCAUGUCGUCAGAACGAUUAUACGCCUUCUCUCCGGAGACCAAAGAGAGGCUCCGUAAAUUCCGCCUGGGAACGUCGCGGGCUAAGGAACCGCAAGCCUUGAUUUACAUUGUCGACACAAAAAGCCAAGAAAUCCGAGCUGAAGAUGGCGAGGUCUACACCAAGAUGGAAGAUCUAGCCGAUGAGCUUCCAGAGUCGUCUCCCCGAUUCAUCCUCCUCAGUUAUCCUCUCACCCUGGGUUCCGGUCGUCUUUCCGUCCCAUACGUCCUUCUCUAUUACCUUCCUGAAAAUUGCAACCCCACCCAGCGAAUGAUGUAUGCUGGCGCCGUGGAACUGAUGCGGAACACUGCAGAGGUUAAUCGUGUGAUCGAGGUUGAGAGCGACGAGGAUAUUAUAUCUAUCGAAUCGAAGCUGCAGAGCGAGGAUUGAUCAGCUUGGAAGUACCAAUGGGAGGAUAGAAGUAUGCGGCUGUAUUUGGUUGGAUUGGGAAUCGAAUGAAGCUGGCGCUGUGAUUUGACUGACCGCUGUGAGGGUCGAUCUGACAUUCCCAUACUUAAAAAAAGAUAACUGUUUUAACACACUAACAAAACAAAAACAAAAAGGAACCA